CCCUCGUUCGUUCCCCGUCCCUUUCCCCCUCCUGCUUUGCAAGAUGUUCCUCUUGAAUACGUUAUGGACCAACUCCAUCGGCUGGCCCCCUGUUACUGGGGUAAUAUGGAAACGACUGACUGUACAUUGAUCAUCCCGGUUUUUGACCCGCCAAAGGCUGAUGCCUCCGCACUUCGGUCGUCAAUCUCCAACGGUUUUGCUUACUCGAAUCCCAAGGGUCACGACCCUCUAGGCAGACGUGCGACCGAGCCUAAUUUAAACAUUACUCCUCGUAUCGUAAUGAAAUUACACAUGGAUUAUCUGUCCGCCCAUUCGUCGUUCCUUCGUGCCCUAUUCAGCGGAUCCAACCCGCUUGAUCUUAUCAACACCACCUUGAUUUCGUCCCCCGCCAGUCCUCCUCCGCCGACGAGGUCUUCCUCACCCUCACCGCCGUCCAGUCCAUCACCUGUGACGCCAAUGUCUCCGUCGGAAGAGCCAUUUCUACGCCGCCAUGCCCCUCCAUCGUCAUAUCACUACCCUCACCUGUUGCCAUGUUCACCUCGACAUCCAAUCGUGUACCUUCCUGUUCCCGAUCCUUCUUCGAUCCGUCUGCUCAUCCAUUAUAUGUAUUUCGGCAUGACAGACUACAUCGAGGCGUGCUUGAUCCGUGGGGACGUCAAAUGGGACGGUCUGGCGAGAAACGUCGAAUAUCUCGGUAUACGCGGAAUACGCGGAUGGCUAGCGGGCUGGUUAGAGAGACUGGACAGCGACGAUGAUGACUUCGACGUCGAUUUCGACCAGAUGGAUCUUGAUGGAGACACGGAUGUGGAAGAUGAUAUGACCGAUGUUCAGGGAUCUCCGAGAGGCCGCGACCCAUCACCGCGCAGCCUGUCGAAACCGGCGUCUACGGAUCCAAUAAAGCUGCCUACUUGAACUAGUAGGGUGUCCGAGCGACACCCCGCGAUGCCUACCGCGCCGUGCACGACGGGUGUGCUAUGUCUUUACACUCCCCCGACAUAGGACUAUCUUCCGCCCACGAUAUCUCGUUCAUAUACCUGUAUUUCUGGCCGGGAGGGUCUGACU